AUAUUCUCCUGUCAAAAAGUAAGGUUAAGUCAGUGACAAACGUGCCUACUUAAAGUUAUGUAAUUUAAAGUUGUACCUGGAGGAUAUCUGCCAGUGAGGGCCCCAAAUAAAGCCCUUUCGAAAUUCCUGAAGGCGCAGUUCACUCGAGAAACGAAGAAUUUCCACAUUAAAGAGGCUGUGAUCAUGUUCAAUUAAGGAACCAAAUAUAGACUAAAACCAAAGAUAUCACCCUUAACGUAGUAAAUAAGUACCCGGAAGUGAUUUCACAUAAAUAACCAAACCAAAGAAAAAAAAAAGAAAAUCGCAAACAAGAUUACCCAACGGCACCCGAAUUCUUCAAUCAUCCUCCGCCAAGAAUACCAAACGAAGGAAAAAAAACUGAUCAUACCUCAUCAUCAAGUCAAUUUUUACUUUCGAUAACCGUCGAGUUACUACCGAUAGACAAUAGCGAGCUUCGAAAAAUCGCGUUAAAGGAGAGAGAGGGUCGAAGAAGGGGUUCCCCCGAGCACCAUAACGGUGGUGGUACCCCGUCUGCUUUCUAAAGAAAACGACGUUGGGCCAGUUCAGUUAAUCGCAUAAGCUGAGAUGGCUUCCAAAACCGUUUUGGUCCGGUUUCACGAGAAAAUCGGGUACCUGGUUUUCGGUUCGCCCGGUAUCAUACGGAAAAAGGGUGUCGGGGUGCAGACGGGCGUAGGUGCGAUACGGUUGUUCGGUACCAAAAGUCAGCUACAUCAUCAGUGUGGAUAUUUGGGAGCUACGAGGGAACGUAAUGCAGGGAUUUCACAUGGGACCCAACAAAACCGAUUAUCACCCUUACAACCCACCCCUCUGGGUCACACAGCUGCCCCAUCGGAAACCAUACGAACUUACGCGACCAUGAACACCCACCAACCUGGACCAAUGCCAGAAUACCAAGUCGACCCUUAUAGAUUACUAGAGGACGACCUCAAAGAAGUUUAUAGUUAUAUUAAAACCGCUCUUAGAAGAAACACAUACCAAGAAGACCUUUACGAAAUAGCGACAUACUAUUUCGAUGGAAACGGUAAAGCCCUUAGGCCCAUGGUAGCAAUUUUAAUGGCCCGAGCCAUGAAUUACCACAUGUACAAAGAAAACCGGUCACUUUUGAAUGCACAGAGGGAGGUGGCGAUGAUUUCCGAAAUGAUCCACACCGCCUCGUUGGUCCACGACGACGUCAUCGAUCAGUCAGAUUUCAGGAGGGGGAAGCCCAGCGUGAACGUCAUGUGGAAUCACAAAAAGGUUACGAUGGCCGGUGACUUUAUCUUAGCUAUAGCUUCUAUGAUGAUUGCUAGAAUAAAGAAUAACGAUGUAACCUUAGUUCUUAGCCAGGUAGUAACUGACCUAGUCCAAGGAGAGUUCAUGCAGCUAGGAUCAAAAGAAACCGAAAACGAAAGAUUUGCUCACUACUUAACCAAAACUUAUAGAAAAACUGCUAGUCUUAUGGCGAAUUCAAUGAAAUCUGUGGCUAUUUUGGCUGGAGCAGAUGAACAACUAGCAGAACUAGCGUUCCAGUAUGGGCGUAACUUAGGUCUAGGAUUUCAAUUGGUAGAUGAUCUACUGGAUUUCGUUUCGAAUUCUGCUAUGAUGGGUAAACCUACCGCGGCAGAUUUGAAACUGGGUUUGGCCACCGCUCCUGUCUUGUUUGCCUGUGAAAAGUAUCCAGAACUAAACCCGAUGAUAAUGCGUCGUUUCCAAGAGCCAGGCGACGUAGAAAAGGCCUUCGAGCUGGUCCACAAGAGCAAGGGCCUGGAACAGACCCAAUUCCUGGCAAAACAGCAUUGCCAGGAAGCGAUGAGGAUAGCGAGCAUGCUUAAAGAAAGCCCUUUCCAGAAGGGACUCGGAGUUACGGCGGAUUACGUGCUCAACAGGAUGAAAUAGCAGUCUUUUAAAUUCUAAUAUUUUACUUAUCCAAAAUGUAUAUACUUAGUGGGCGAGUGUGAUUUUUAUGGCGUGUAAUUGUUGUGGAGACUGGUUUCUUAGAAAUUUUCUUCCGCUAUUUUGGUAAUGUACGAGUUUUUAAUAAUUUACUUUAAAUCUAGAUCUACCUGAAACUAUUUAUUUUUUUUUAAUAAGGUCUUUGCAACAUGUGAAUACUUGAUAUAAAUAUAACGCAAGAAGUGUGUUUCAGUUUUAUUAUUUAUAAAGAUAUAAAGAAUUGUAAUUUAGGGAUUAGAGAGGGUUUUAUCUAAUGGAAGUUUUGGUGAUUCUAGAUUUUUAAUACACAGGGAGACUGUUUUAGGUAAUAAUUGUCCAAGAUGUUAUUUUGCUGAAAAGUUUAAAAAAAUUUUAAAAAUCUUCCUUUGUACCUCAGAAACGAAACAAGUUUCAUCGACCUCAGUACGUUAAGUCAAUAAAAUGGAUACCCUGUGGUUCCCUAAAGAAGUUUUCUUUAUAGGAAACUUCUUUAACUGCGAGACUUGCCAUUUUAGAAAAAUAUAAAAGUUCUCACGUUUUUUAAGGUUUUUACUUAUUAAAGCAAAUUUUUGCAUUAUGAACACAGGCUUAAAUAAAAUUUCUCUGAGCAAAGACCCGAAAGUUAAAGGUGGUCAGUUAAUUUAUGUAAAGCCAAGGAAAUCCAAAAAAUACCAAGAAAAUAAAAGCAAACGAAUGAAAUUGAUGUUUUUUUUUGUACUUACUUGGAAUUCUUUGAUGUGACUUGGGUUUAUUGUACAAAUUUUUUAAUUUUUAUUUACAAGUUCACAAAUAUGCAAAAAAACAUCAACGCAAGAGAACUCAGAACUUCCUGCUUUCUAUUGCGUGGCUUUCUAUUUUCUUCGAUUAGGACCUCCAAAAUCUACGAUAAAUUUAAAGAAACUCAUGGAAAACCAAGAAAUAUCAAGGAAAUUUAAUAAACUGAUGUUUUUUAGACUUUUAUUUAUGACUUGUGAAAAUAUACCGACAGCUUAAAAAAACCCAAAGAUCUUACUUUCUAUUGCCUUUUCUCUGCUUUACUUAGCCAAACCCUAUUAUCAGAGUUAAUAUUAGGAUAUGGAAAACCAAAAAAUAAAAAAAAUGAAACAAUUUGUGACUUGAGUUUUCUAAGGUGAACUGUAAUGUUCAAAUCUUCAGUCUUCAGAAAAUCCAAGAAAACUUUAAGUUAAUUGCUUUCUAUUGCUAUAUCUUCUAUUAGGGACGCCGUUUACGUUCAAUCCAGUGGAACUAAUGAAAAGCCAAGGAAAACCAGCAAAUGCCAAGAAAAUUAACGGAAAUUGGUUGUGUAAAAUCGGUGUUCCUUAGGCUUUUUUUAUUUUGACUAGGGCUAAGGUGAAAUUUAUAGAUCAGACCAAGAAAUCCAAGAAAAUCAAAGAACUUGACUUGGUUGCCUUUUCUCUGCUUUUUGUCCCUUAAACUUCCACUCUUUACGAUCAGUAUAAAGAUUUACUCGUGGAAAUCUAGUAAAUACCAAUUGAUGUUUUUUUUUCAUCGAAAAGUGGAAAAAUUCGGAUUUAAAAUCAAAAAUCCUUAGGAAACCCAAAAAAACUUAAAGUUCUUUGUUUUAUUACAGCCUUACUAUCAGUAUAAGGAAUAUCUUAUGAAGAGUAAAUAAGAAGAACUAUUUUUUUGCAAUUUCUUAGUUUUGCUUUUGUGGCUUUAAUUUACUUAUGAGAGGAAAAACAACAUUUAAAAAAAAACACACGCAUACCGUAGAAAAUUAAGAGUUUUAGCAUUCUAAGGCAUUCAGUUGCGCUUUUUCUAGUUUUCUAUUGUUUUUUGCCUUCUACUUGGUCAGAUCCAUUUCUUUCAAUUCAGCAGUAUUUUGUCACUUUUGGCUGCCAAUUUUUUGCAUUUCUUCUUAUAAAUCCGCUCAAUCAGUUUUUUUUUCAUAUCAAUUAAAUUGUAUCGAACGGAUAACUAAAAAGUCUUGACCGAGCAUUCAACGGUGUUUUGUCCUUGAAAUCCUUCUAAUACAAUUAACAAAUGGGUUGGAUGUUAUUAGUUCUGAUAACUGAGCGAUUUCAUCUGCUGUUGGUGAAAAACAGUUGUUCUAUUUUAGAGAUAUUAUAAUAAAAAUCGGCAAAAAUGUAUCAAAAAAUCUGGAAUUACCACUGCACUUCUUGUAGUCAACUCCUCUCCUUUGGCCUCCAGACCCAUUAAAGAAUUGUGUAAUUUGAUUGAGUGAAUGCAAGUGUGUGAUUAAAUACGUAAGACGGUUUUAUUGAUUGUCUUAGAGGAGUUUGAAAAUCGUUUUUUUUCUGUUUUUAAGACAUCUUAAAAACCAAAUGUUAGCUGUAAUAAAUACAGUGUGGUUAUAUUGUAAUAAACAACCAUACAAAAUUAAUUUUUAAAAUAUAUAUGAGAAAGUCAAUGCACGAUUACUGUACUGCCAAAUAAAGCUGGAUUUAGGUAGAUAUUAACAAGAAAUAAGAGAUUCGUAUAGAUUAUUUUAUGUAAACCAAGUAAAAAGGUAUAGGUAUAGGGGCCAGGUAAAAAGUAUAUUAUAAAGGCUUGAAUUUUUAGUACAUUGCUGGUAUAUUAACGAACUUUAAAGAAUUUUUAAAUUUAAAACUUCUUAAAGGUCCUAUCAAAUAUUUCAAGAAGUUUUUCAAGUUAACACAGAUUUUUUCUGAGAUAUCUUGUCCUGGUACUAUAAUAUGGUUAAAGCUCUUAUUUCCAAUUUUUUUCUAUUUAAACUCACUUUAAGGCCGAAUAUUCAUAAUUAAAAAAAGUCUCUCUUUACUAAAAAUAUUCUUCUACACUGUGUAAAAUUCCAUUGCUCAUAAAUAAAUCGUUAUAUUAAGGUUAGGGUAGCCAAUUUUUUAUAUUAAUUAAAUUUUCUAUAAUAUAUUGCCAGCAAUUUUAUCAUAUUAUAUUUACAAUGUAAAUCACAUGUUAUAUUUAAAUUUAACGUACUAACAAAAAUAUCCCAGUCAUUUGGUUUAGUUUAUAUAUUAUUAUUUAGUAUAGUACUACACCUAAAAAAAUUAUAUAAAAAUCAGUAAUGCAACUGUUCUGUACAUAUAUCUGAUGUAUGUACCCUAUGUACAAUUUUUUUUUAAAUAUAUUAUAUUGUGUAAAUAAAGAUUGAGUCAAAAUAAAUGCAACAAAGCUUUGAGCUUGGGUGUCCAAAGUAAAAAAAAUAUAGUCAAUAUAUAGGACACGCACGUAUAGGAAGCUGUAUAUACGCUGUAGUUAUUUAAUUCCUAGUUAUUAAACGUUGUAUUUGUUAUUUUUUAAUGUUUAAUAUAUUAUUGUAUCUAAAAA